AUGUCGCGUGUUAGCACCCAACGGGGGAGGAGGAGCCAGCAGCUUCGAGAAACGACUGAGCAGCUGCUAACUGUAAUUUAUUCGUUUGCAGAAGCCAUUCAUGCAAUUUUGGUUUACAGCCAAAGUGCAGAAGAACUUUUGAAACGAAGGAAAGUCUAUCGAGAAAUAAUUUUUAAGUAUUUGGCGAUACAAGGAGUUCCAGUGCCUCCUUCCUCAGAGAAGCACCAACUCAUUGAUCAUGCCAAGCGGUACUGGAACGGGCAGCUCACAUCCAGCUCCUCACAGUCAGAGGGCAAAAAGCCACGUGCAGCGAGUCGUGAGAAGAGCCAAAAGCUACAAAAUGAUGACGUUCAUGAUCUAGGAGAAGAAUUCUGUCAGUGGUUCUUUGAACUUCUGAACUCUCAACAUCCGUUGGGUAUACAAUCUGAAGAAACAUGGGGACCACAGCAUUUCUGGGAGGAUGCCAAAAUGAAAUUCUGUUACAAUACAUUAGAAAAAAACAUGGAAGAAUAUGUUGGUGCAGAAAUGGUGAGCCUUCGUCUGCUCUCGUUGGUUAAAGAAGAGUAUCUUCUGCUGAAUCCCAACUUGAAUGCUGAUGGACUGAAGUGUACAAUGUCUCGACAUGGGUUGGUGCUGGUAGCAGUGGCUGGUACAGUACAUAGAGGCAACAGCUGUCUGGGUGUUUUUGAGCAAAUUUUUGGACUCAUCCGCUGUCCAGUUAGAGAGAACACCUGGAAAAUAAAAUUUGUGAAUCUUAAAAUAGUUGGACAGAAUGCUCUGGAGCCUGGGAAACAAUUUGAAAAGCCAUCCGUGAAAUACGAAUCAAACCAACUGCAAGCAUUGUAUGAUGGAAAAGAACUGAGCCUGACCGAAUCUCAGAAAUUCUGAGCAAUUCCUUCAGAACUGAGAGACUGGUGGGGGAAAAAACAUCGGGCACUUGUAGUGCUUCCUUAAAUAUUGAAAUGGUUGCAACCAUGUGAUGGUGUCUCUUUCUUGAGUCCGGUUUACUAACUGAAUGACAAGCUGAGAUCCCAGUGUUAAAGUGUUAAUAGUAUUUUGGGCACCUUUCCAACAACUAACAAAUAAUUCAGA